ACGGGUCAGCUGUGUGUGUUUACGCGGAGAUGCUCACAACAAAGGACGGAGCACCGAGGCACGGAGAGCCCGUGUCUGGAAACUCAGCGCCGGGGAGAGUCGCUGCUGCCGCGGCGGCCGUUCGUCGUGCCCUCGCUCCGGGAAGAGGAGGACGCUGAACACGGUGGAACCCUCAAUGGCGUCAGGGUUCGAUCCCCAGGUUUAGUUCUGUGAGGAGCUGGUGAACCGGGCUUCAGGGAAGAGGCGGAUCCGUGUGUGUGUGUGGGUCCUGGAGCCGGUGCAGCGUUAGCUUAGCCCGCUAGCCGCAGCAAGUUGUGGACGGACCCGGACGAGAGGAGCCGAGGAGCCGCAGAGCCGAGGACCCGGAGACACGUCCUCCGGAUCUCAGGCACGACACCCGCCGCGAGAGACCGACACAUGAAGCAUGAGAGGCUGGAGCUGAGGCUCAGCUGACCCUUCCCCUUCCUCCUCCUCCUCCUCUUCCCCCCUGGACCAUUCGAUCAGCACCUCCCUCCCUCGCCCUCCUCUCCCCGUGACCCUGUCGGAUCUCACCCGCCUUUCCUCCCCUCCUCCUCCAAGCCUCCAUCAGCCGUGCCCAAUGUACUCACCGGAGCAGGAAAACAUCUCCACCACCACCUCCACCAAAGUGCCAGCGAAGUAUGGAGAGCUCAUUGUGCUGGGGUACAAUGGCUCUCUGCCCAACGGGGACCGAGGUCGACGUAAAAGCCGUUUUGCACUUUGUAAGCGACCGAAGGCGAACGGAGUGAAACCGAGCACAGUCCACGUGGCCUGCUCUCCACAGGCAGCCAAGGCCAUUAGCAACAAAGACCAGCACAGCAUCUCCUACACUCUGUCUCGGGUGCAGACGGUGGUGGUGGAGUACACCCACGACCCCAACACAGACAUGUUCCAGAUCGGGCGAUCGACGGAGAGUCCCAUCGACUUCGUGGUGACCGACACGGUGGCCGGCAGCCAGAGCAACGCCGACACGCAGUCGGUGCAGAGCACCAUCUCCCGCUUCGCCUGCCGCAUCAUGUGCCAGCGCACGCCGCCUUACACCGCGCGCAUCUACGCCGCCGGGUUCGAUUCCUCCAAGAACAUCUUCCUGGGGGAGAAAGCUGCUAAGUGGAAGACGGCUGACGGCCAGAUGGACGGGCUGACCACCAACGGCGUGCUGGUGAUGCAUCCCCGACACGGCUUCACGCAGGACUCCAAGCCGGGCGUGUGGAGGGAGAUCUCCGUCUGCGGCAACGUCUUCACCCUGAGAGAAACACGCUCAGCCCAGCAGAGAGGGAAGAUGGUGGACACUGAGAGUCAGGAGCUGGUGGACGGCUCGCUCAUCGACCUCUGUGGAGCGACUCUGCUGUGGCGCACGGCUGAGGGCCUGGCCCGCACCCCCACCCUGAAGCACCUGGAGGCCCUGAGGCAGGAGAUCAACGCGGCGCGCCCUCAGUGUCCCGUGGGCUUCAACACGCUGGCCUUCCCCUCCAUGCGGCGCAAGGACACGCCGGACGAGAAGCAGCCGUGGGUCUACCUCCACUGCGGCCACGUGCACGGCUACCACAACUGGGGCAACCACCGCCUGGAGAGGGAGGGGCGGGAGGGCCGGCACAGGGAGUGUCCCAUGUGCCGGACCAAGGGCCCCUACGUGCCGCUGUGGCUCGGCUGCGAGGCGGGCUUCUACGUGGACGCCGCCCCCCCCACUCACGCCUUCAACCCCUGCGGCCACGUGUGCUCGGAGAAGACGGCGGCCUUCUGGAGUCAGAUCCCUCUGCCGCACGGCACGCACACCUUCCACGCCGCCUGCCCCUUCUGCGCCCAGCAGCUGACGGGCGAGCAGGGCUACGCCAGACUCAUCUUCCAGGGCCCGCUGGACUAGACACUCAGCGGGGGGGCGCUCAGGCCGAAAACAGGGACCUCCUCGGAUUUGUUUUCUUUCCUCUGCGGUUAAGACACAAACUUUUUUCUGGACUUUUUUGUCUCUCUCUCAUUUUUAAGUGACCUUUGUAUUACUUUUUCAUGAAUGACGACAAAGAUUUCUAUAUUUUCACAUGAAACCAGAGACACAAAAACCAAACAAAGACCUGCUGGGUCAAAACCUUUCUGUGUUUGUUUUCUCGGAAAAAUGAACUUUUAACAACAGUAUUUAUCGAAAUAACUAACGUGCGGUUUUUAUUCAUGUUUAUUGUUGCAAUAUCCAUCUGUGUACAUCUCUUAGAGCUAAUUUAAACAAAGAUGUUUAUUUAUGGUCCGUCGCUUGGUUCUUUAUCCGUCAGAUAAACGUCUACGCAUUUUAUUUUGAAACUUCAGCCUUUUGUUGGAUAUAAAGUUGUUGGUGUGUUCUGAGGGUUCCUUCUGCGUCCACCUCUCAGAUCUGUUUGUGGUAUUUAAACACAGCCUCCUCCUCUGGUGUGCUCCCACUCUGUGUGUGUGUCAGUGUGUGUCUGUGUGUGUGAGUCAAUGCUCCAGUUGCACGUCUCUCCCAUCAGGCGUCACAUUCAAAGCAAUAGAUUUGGAACAGAAAACCUCCUGAAGCAUUAUGGGAAACUGAGUCUUCAGACAUCCCUCCCUUUAAAGUGCGAGUGAAACGUUUUCUGAGGGUGAGUGAGAUUCUUCUUUUUUUUUACAGCAGCUAUGUAGCCAACGUCACACAGACUGUAAAUAAAACAAACAUCAGUGUGAAAAGAAAAACUAACACAAACCGUC